UGAAAUUUACUCCACAAAAUUUUGAUAUAAUGACAAACAUUAGACGAAAAUGUUUAUUAAUUCGGCAAAGAAUGACGAAAAAGAAUAGUAGAGAGGUAAACCCUCAAGAAGAAAGCUCCUCAAAAUAAAACGGUAAGGUAACCUCAACAAAUCCGAAACAACUAAUGAAUUAAUGUUCAUGUUCAUGUUCAUGUUCAUGUUCAAGAAGUUCAAGCUAAGAAUCAUUAAUUCACCAUCACUCCAAUAACAGAGAAGAAGAAGAAGAAGAAAAAAAGUUGAAGGCUCUUUUUCUCUCUCUUCUUGUACUCUCCUUUGAAGCCAAGGAAAGGAAACUCUCUCUUCUAAUUCUUCCAACAAGGGAUGUUUGGUUGUGAGUGUUUUUGUUGGGAUAGUGUUCCUCAAUGUUUUGAUUCCGAUCCAUUUCCCUUUUCUCUCCCUCAACCUCUUCCUCAAUGGCCACAAGGUAGCGGUUUUGCCGGUGGAAGAAUGUCCCUUGGGAGAAUAGAAGUUGCAAAAGUAAACAAGUUUGAGAUCGUUUGGAGAAGCACAAAUUUGAAUGGAAAGUCUUUAGGUUUCACAUUUUAUAGACCUUUGGAGAUUCCAGAUGGAUUUUCCUGUCUUGGUUACUACUGCCAGUCCAACGAACAGCCGUUGCGAGGACACGUUCUUGUAGCUCGGGAAACUUUUUCUAAACCUCAAGCUGAUUGUUCUGCAUCAGAAUCCCCGGCUCUAAAAAAGCCACUUAACUACUCGUUAAUGUGGAGCGUGGAUUCACAUGAUGAAUGUGUUUACUUUUGGUUGCCAAACCCUCCAACGGGUUAUAAACCCCUGGGAGUAAUAGUUACUACCAAUCCAAAUGAACCUGAAGUUGAAGAAGUUAGAUGCGUGCGAACCGAUCUUACAGAAAUUUGUGAGACAUCUGAUCUAUUAUUAACAAUGAAGUCAAAAUUUUCGAAAAAUUCUUUCCAAGUUUGGAAGACAGAACCCUGUGAUAGAGGUAUGCUGGCUAGGGGUGUUUCGGUUGGGACAUUCUUCUGCGGCACAUACUUUGAUUCUGAACAAGUGGUGGUAGACAUUGCGUGUUUGAAGAAUCUUGAUUCUUCGUUGCAUGCAAUGCCAAAUCUGAACCAGAUUCAUGCACUUAUCGAGCAUUACGGGCCAACAGUAUACUUUCAUCCUGAUGAGAUAUACAUGCCGUCAUCAGUGCCGUGGUUUUUUAAGAAUGGAGCUCUUUUGUAUGCUGCAGGUAGCGAGAAGGGUAAAACUAUAGAUUAUCAAGGCUCAAAUUUACCUCGCGGAGGAUUGAAUGAUGGUGCCUUUUGGAUUGAUUUGCCUAGUGAUGAACAAGCGAGAAAUAAUCUAAAGAAGGGAAACAUAGAGAGUGCAGAACUCUAUGUACAUGUAAAACCGGCAUUGGGUGGGGCCUUUACUGAUAUUGCAAUGUGGGUUUUUUGCCCUUUCAAUGGACCUGCCACUCUUAAAGUUUCAUUGGUGAACAUUGAGAUGAGUAAGAUAGGGGAACAUGUUGGUGACUGGGAGCACUUCACCCUCCGUGUAAGCAACUUCACCGGAGAGCUUUGGUCGGCUUUUUUUUCUGAACACAGUGGAGGUAAAUGGAUAAACGCAUUCGAUUUGGAGUUUGUUAAGGAGAAUAAACCGAUUGUUUAUUCAUCGAGACACGGACAUGCUAGCUACCCUCAUCCGGGGACUUACCUUCAGGGAUCAUCCAAACUUGGUAUCGGAGUUCGCAAUGAUGCGGCUCGAAGUAAAUUUAUUGUGGAUUCAAGUGUUAGAUAUAAGAUUGUUGCAGCCGAAUAUCUUGGUGAUGGAGUCAUUACAGAACCAUGUUGGUUACAAUAUAUGAGAGAGUGGGGUCCAACCAUUGUUUACGAUUCGCGUUCCGAAAUAGAGAAGAUAAUAGACCUGCUUCCAAUAUUUGUUAGGUUUUCUGUGGAGAACCUAUUUGAAUUAUUUCCAACAGAGCUUUAUGGUGAGGAGGGGCCAACAGGUCCAAAGGAGAAGGACAACUGGCUAGGAGAUGAAUAUUGCUAGUCAUGCAUUCUAAUAGGAAAGAAAUCUAAGCUUAUAAGAUAUCAAUUUUCUGUCCUGAAAAUGGUUUGUUUUCAGUGUCACUGAUGGUUGAAGUGACCAAGAGUUCUCCAUCAUGUAUUAAUUGUAUAGGAGGUGCACCUUAGAAAGGGAUAUAGAUUCUCUGCAGUAACUGUGGCAUGCAGUUAUCUAUCUCCAGCUUAAUCAAUAUUGACAGAGAUUGUUUAAAACUUAUUUAGUGAUUGUGUAAUUUGUACCGUCUGAUCUCAAAUUAAUGGCUGAGAUUGUUACAUCAUGUAACUGUGUGCUUUUGUUACAGCAAAGAAUCUGAAUCCCCUUGGAGAGUAGCUACUUAUGGCUUUCUUGGUUCGUGUGAAAAACAACAUAUAUAGCUUUGACUUUUAAGUUGCUUAAAAAAAUAUGUAUAAUUACACACAAAAUUUGGAACAUGUACAAGGUAGGGCUAUUGGUUGUAUACAGUAUACACAUUUCUGGUUUCUCUGUAAGAUAGAUAAUAUUGUCGCCAGUGCUUGGUGGGAGACAUGAGAAUUUUCAUUAGUAUUGCUUGUAAUGUAAUAGAAAUAUGCUUGAUUCAAUGAUGUUAUAUCACUUAAUUUACUUGCA